GGGAAUAUCCGACCGUCUCUGGGUUCCUUCGAGCCGUCUUCCCCCCAAAACAUCAUCCUCCACCAUCGGCUGCUCGUCGCCUGCUCCCGCUACAAUGGACCAUCCGCUCGUGCAGAAAGCUCUGAGUUAUAUCCAGCAGAUCCCUCCUGUGCCGGAGCAGGUCCAAUUGGGUUUUGCUGCCAUCGGCGCGCUUUACCUCGGGACCAAGCUCCUGGGCUACCUGUCGCUCCUCCUCAGCGCCUUCGUUUUUGUCGGCCACCCUCUCCGCAGGUAUGGCCGCGCCGGCUCUUGGGCCGUCGUCACGGGCGCCUCGGACGGCCUCGGCAAGGAGUAUGCGACGCAGCUCGCCGCCAAGGGCUUCAACCUUGUCCUCGUCUCCCGAACCCAGUCCAAGCUCGACACACUCGCCAAGGACAUCGAGCAGAAAUACCCCGGCAAGGGCCUCCAAGUCAAGACGCUGGCUAUGGACUUUGCCAAGAAUGACGAGCGCGACUACGACCUGCUGCGCGAGCUGAUCCGCGGCCUCGACAUUGCCGUGCUCAUCAACAACGUCGGCCAGAGCCACAGCAUCCCCGUGUCGUUCCUCGAGACAACCAAGGAGGAGCUGGAGAACAUUGUCACCAUCAACUGCAUCGGCACCCUCAAGGUUACCCAGAUCGUCGCCCCCGUGCUGAAGGCGCGCAAGCACGGCCUGAUCCUGACCAUGGGCUCCUUCGGCGGCUGGACCCCCACCCCGUACCUGGCCACGUACUCGGGCAGCAAGGCCUUCCUACAGCAGUGGAGCAACGCGCUCGCUUCUGAGCUGGCCGACGACCACGUCGACGUCUACCUGGUCUUGAGCCACCUGGUCACGACGGCCAUGAGCAAGGUCCGCCGCCCCAGCCUGCUCAUCCCCAACGCGCGCAACUUCGUCAAGUCGGCCCUCGGCAAGAUUGGCCUUGGAGGCUACCAGACCGCGCCCAACACCUACACCCCUUGGUGGAGCCACGCCGUCAUGUUGUGGCUCAUCGAGAAUGUCCCUGGUGUCAACAGCCCGAUUACUAUCUGGUACAAUAAGAAGAUGCAUGUUGAUAUCCGCAAGAGGGCCCUGCGGAAGCGGGAGCGCGAGGCCAAGAAGCAAUAGGCGUCUUGCAGAUCCCUUGAGAUGUCCUGAUAGGAACUAGAAGACUGGGCAUGGGGAGGAGUUGGAACUGCACCAGAGUGCAAUAUGGUUUGGAGUCAUAGCAGGGAGGCUUCUGCUGCCGCUGGGGGCCGUGUAUGCUACCAAGUACCGGGUAAUGGGGUAAAAGCACAAGAAUGACACGACGUCUACGGGUACGUGUAUGGGGCUUGUCCAUGGUGCUCGAGCGGCUUGCGAAUUGAGCACGAGACCAUUAUAGGAUAUGAUGGACUUGUAACCUAGGGUUGGAAAGGAAACUAGUAAUCUUCGGACUAAUCGUUAUGCCUACGAAACCUCAGGUAGCUAGAGUGAGGC